AUGCCGCCUCGCACCCGCGCCAACGACAAAGCCUCACGCAGCGGCCACAUACACGCUCACACGCCUGUCCGCAAGCGAGGGCCAUCGAACGCAGGCGACCAGGCAAGCAAACGCCAGAAGAAACACCAAACCGACCCCGAGUCCGACGAGCCAGCACAGCCCGACGCGGUGACGAGAGGGACAAAGGUGGGGAAGAAAGGAGGGGGGAAGGCUAAGAAAGGGAAGAAAACAAGGAAAACAAGUGCCCAAAAAGCGGCAGAGGAUGCCAAGCAGCCCUCUCCCGCCAAACUAACCCCGGCCGAGCGGAAGCUCGUUGAGAGCGGAAUGGCCGUCACCCCCCCGGAACGUAUCCAGGAUGCCAGUGCAUCCCACAUGCCGCCCCCGCCUGCUAUCGUUAGCGCCAGGCAGCGUCGUCCUGACGAUGCUGCCCCCGCAAAGGAGCCACGCAUGGGCGUUAACGCCCAUAGCGACAGCUCCGAAACGAGCAGCGAGGAUGGUAGUGGUGCCAGCAUGAACGGCAGCAGUGCCAGCGACGACGACAACGCCAGUGCCGCCUCCAACUCACCUGGGGAGGAAGCAAGCAACAACAACAACAACAAGAGCGGGGACGACAACAACAACGAAGAGAACGGGGACGACAACAAGAACGGGGACGACAACAAGAACGGCGACGACGAGAACGAUAACGGGAACAAUGAUGACGAUGAUAACGCGGACGACGACGACGAUAACGGGGACAACCACAACAACGGGGACGACGCCAAUGCCAACCUCAGCAGCAGCGACACCAGCAGCAGCGACACCAGCAACAGCGACGGCGACGCCAGAAACACCAACACCGCCAACACCGCCAACAACACGAUCGCCCAUGCCCACGCCAACGUCCCCCACGCCAAUGUCAACACCAACGUCAACGCCAACGUCCCCCACGCCAAUGUCGCCCAUGCCAACCAGUACUUUACAGUGCCCCACCCAUUCCUGCAGGAAUCCACAGGAAUCCACAGGAAUCCUCAGGAAUCCUCAGGAAUGGGACAGGAUUCCUCAGGAAUGGGACAGGAUUCCUCAGGAAUGGGACAGGAUUCCUCAGGAAUGGGACAGGAUUCCUCAGGAAUGGGACAGGAUUCCUCAGGAGUCCUCAGGAAUGGGACAGGAUUCCUCAGGAGUCCUCAGGAUUCCUCAGGAUUCCUCAGGAAUCCACAGGAAUGGGACCAGAAUACAACAGAUACAACACCUUCUCUUUGUGCUAGAUACAUUUACACUAAUAUACACUUCUUCACACUGACUUAA